CGUUACAUUUUUUUUCCAACUAAUCAAUUUCCUUGAUUUUCUUCAAGGAAAAUACGUGAAGAGAAAGUGUUUUGUUGAAGUUAUCUUACUAAAACAAAGUAACUUAAUGUAAACUGGUGCAAUUAAAUCUACAAUGGAUUUGGCAAAGUCAUUGUUUAGUUCCCGCGAUCAUGAAGGAUACGUUGGACGUGAAGAUCACGAACGUAAAAUAAGCGCUGCGCUGGCAGACGAUGACCCAGAAGAUAUGAUCGAUAGAAUAAGAGGGUUGAACGUUGCUGAUGAAAUGAUGCCGAGUCCAGGAGGGCCGUUCUCCGCGUUGACUCCGAGCAUGGUGCCCCAGGAUAUAAUGGCUCGUCUGGCGCAGCCGGAGGCUGACGGCCACGGCGGAGGGCUCCCGGACUACAGCUUUGACGAGUUCGGAUUUUGUAUCGACGACGAAGACGGACCUGAGCAAAGCUCCAACAAACUACUAGCCAGCGCGUUUGUAGAAGAUGACCAACAUCGCCUACAGUGGGAAUUUUUAAGCAAAGAACUAAACUUUUCUGAAAAUAGUGGUAAAUUUGAAAAAACUGACAAAUUGCAAAAAAUGGUUAAAGAUGGUGUACCACAUUCUCUGCGCCCUCAAAUUUGGAUGAAUCUUUGUGGGGCCAACAAAAAGAGAUUAUCUACAGAUAUUACAUAUCAUGAAAUUGUCAGAGCUUCUAGUGAUGAUGGAUUGGUCACCAGUAAACAAAUUGAGAAAGAUUUAGUUCAAAUUUUGCCCAACAAUGUAUGUUUCUCACAUCCAACAAGCACAGGGGUGCCACGGCUGCGCAGGAUCCUGCGGGCCCUGGCCUGGCUCUACCCAGACAUUGGGUACUGCCAGGGCACCGGCAUGAUCGCUGCAUCAUUAUUACUUCUCAUGGAAGAAGAAGAAGCAUUUUGGAUCAUGUGCACUACUGUUGAGGACUUACUUCCUGCCUCCUACUAUUCUUCUACUCUCAUUGGUAUACAAGCUGAUCAAAAAGUUCUUAGAAGUUUAAUAUCUUCAUAUUUACCUGGUAUAGACCAAGUGCUGAAUGCACAUGACAUAGAACUGUCACUCAUCACCAUGCACUGGUUCCUGACCUUGUAUGCAAAUGUUGUUCAUAUGAAGAUUUUACUAAGAGUUUGGGACCUAUUCUUCUUAGAUGGUUCCAUUGUUCUUUUCAAAGUGACUUUAGCAAUGCUGAAAAUAAAAGAGAACAGGUUUACAGAGAUAUCAAAUUCAGCACAGAUUUUUAAUGCCUUAUCUGACAUACCAGGUGAAAUAGAUGAUGUAGAAGUUUUAAUUAAAACAAUUGAUGAAGUUUGUGGGGAAACUCUUAGUCCCGCUCUGAUAGAAACGCAUAGAAGAAGGCACCUGGCUUAUCUUAUGGCCGACCAAGGAGCACUGGUGGGUAAUCCAAGUGCUAUCCCAAACCUGCCAAAACAACAGCUACAGAGAAGACAAAUAAAGAAAAGUAAAUCUGUAAUACAAACAAUAUUAUUUGGAGAUGAUAGUAAUAAUGAAGAUGCAAUUUCCAAAAAUGUGAAACAAACUGAAAUUCUUGUUGAUCUCAGGGAAGCAAUUUUACAAGUUGCCCGCCAUUUCCUUGCCCUGGAGCCGCAGCUGCAGUCAGAGAUCUUACUGACGGCAGAUUACACAAUGCAGAGUCAUGCUGCUGACAGAGAGAGGUAUGUGACAGUCUCGAGGAGUAAACGACGCAGAGCCAAAGCACUAUUGGAUUUUGAAAGAAGAGAUGGAGAUGAGUUAGGAUUUAGAAAGAAUGAUGUGAUUGAAGUGAUCAGCUCUAGAGAUGAGCACUGCUGGAUCGGUGAGCUGAAUGGCUUGAGAGGGUGGUUUCCUGCUCGCUUUGUUAAAUUGUUAGAUGAAAAAGGAGUUAAAUACAGCAGAGCAGGAGAUGAUUCUGUAACUGAAAAAAUUGCCCACUUGGUGAGAGGUGUGUUAGCGCCAGCAUUUAAAAGAGUUUUGCUUCAUGGGAUUAAGCGCCCAAGCUUUCUAGACGGACCAUGUCACCCAUGGUUGUUUAUAGAAGAGGCAUCUUCUAGGGAAGUCGAGAAAGACUUUAACUCUGUGUACAGCCGUCUAGUCCUGUGUAAGACAUAUCGUCUUGAUGAGGAUGGGAAAGUGCUGACUCCAGAAGAGUUACUCUAUAGGUGUGUCCAAGCAAUUAAUCUGUCUCAUGAUAAUGCACAUGCACAAAUGGAUGUAAAACUACGAACCUUGAUCUGUAUGGGGUUGAAUGAAGAAGCCCUGCACUUGUGGCUGGAGGUGCUCUGUUCAUGUGUCGAUGUUGUUCAGAAAUGGUAUCAUCCAUGGUCCUUCAUAAAUUCCCCUGGUUGGGUUCAAAUCAAAUGUGAAUUGAGGAUUCUAUCACAAUUUGGAUUCAAUCUGAACCCUGAUUGGGAAUUGCCCUUAAAGAAAGAUACACAAAAUCAGCCCCUAAAAGAAGGUGUCAGGGACAUGCUUGUAAAACACCAUUUAUUUUCAUGGGAUUUAUAAUUUUCUUCUAAUAAUAUGAACUGUAUAUUUACAGAAAAAACCUGUUUUUCUGUAUAGCCUCUGCUGUGUUAUGCGACAUCAAAUGCCGAUCGCAGAGCUAUUUUCAACCGUUUUUCCCCUAUAAAAUGCCUCUUAUUUGACUGCUCCAACUGUCCAAUCAACUCAGCAGGGGCCAUAAGUGUAUAGUUAUCAUAUUUGGUUACUGGGAUAUAAAUAUAAUGUAUUAUUGUAUGUAUGUACGCUCUUCCUUACCUCAUAAAACUGUAUGUUGUAUGUAACUGUAGCUUUCUCAUAAGUGUUUUGUCAAUUUCAUAAUAUAUGUAUACAGUCAAUCUGUAAAUGAUCUCUUGUACCUGCUAUAAUAUUAGUUAUAAUAAAAUUUAAUUAUUUAGCAGUACGCUGCAGCAUAAAUAAUUAUUAGGAGAUGUAAUUUAAUUAGUUAUGUUAUAGAAAACGUAUGAUAACUUGUGCACUUAAUAUACUAUCUUCCUAGCCAUUACGAGAUGCACAUAAAGUGAUGUACCUAAGUAAUUAUACCGUACUUUAAAAGCUAUUAAAUAUUGAUGCUUAUUAUCUUAA